AGAGGCUAUUAAACUGACAAGAAACAUCAUGCCUCUCCUUAAAAAAAUAGCGCCAUUCAUUAAACAUUUUUCAUCUGCUAUUCAAAAAUAUUUAGCAGUGAGGUGGCAUAUUGAUAAGGUCAUUUAUUUUAAUCUGUACAGGGUGCGAUAUGGAAGGCCUUUUUUGUCUUUGUGCUUGUGCCCGGGUAUGUGUACAGUAGGGCAGGGCAAUGGCGUUUAUGAUCAUGCUUGCACUCCAAAGGUCAUUUCUAGCGGUAAUGCGACUUUUACAAUCACACGGGUCAUCCAAGGUGAAAAUAAGCAGUUUUCUCUGUCACACUCCCUUUCACCCUUAACAUACUGUAUAUUCAUGUUGCUGGGUCAUCAUGACUCGGGCGGCGCUGCUGCAGGGCUCUGAUAUAGCGUGUUGUGAAGCGUGCCGUGAAGCUAGCAAUGCUUCGUGGCGCUGCUGAAGGUGCACUUGGUUUUCUGGGAAAAGCGAUUUCUCCUCACAGGGGUGUGGUGACCGACUCUGCGUUUGCGAUAAGAGCAGAAUGUGCCCCUGGGAGCCCAAUCAUGCGAGUGCCCCCAGCAAUGACCACAGAAUGGGUUCACCAAAAAUAGUAUCCAUUGACAACAUUACAAUAUCUGUAAUGAGAAAAAAAAAAUGCCCGAGAAACUGAAUAUUAAGACAGGCAAAUAAUAGACACGAUAACAUCAUAGCGGGCAAGUUGGCAUCUGUGAGAGACGGUUGUGACUUCGGUGGUAUUUCAUAUUUAGAAAUAGUUCACUGCGACUCAUGUUAUCUCGAAUCCUUCAUUUAUUGCUGUUUCACGGAUAACUUCAUCGUCUGUUUGUGAGAAAACUGGCAGUCAGGGAAACAGUGAUCAGAGUGAUUAGUUCAGAAUGUGUCUGCUGGUUGUCUUUCUCCAGCAGCGGGCAGGUCAGCCUCCUGUUUGCUCCUCCCACCGCUCUCACCUGGCGCUCAGCCCAGAAUGUUGCUGCAACCCUGCUAGCUCUCAUUGGUCCCCACUCUCACAAGGCUUCGCAAGAAAGGAAAUGACUAACCUCUUCUCCCUCUCGCCCUGCCUCAACUUCCCCUUUGCUUUCACUCUUCCUUUCUUUCACCUCUAAAAAACAUUUUUCAAUGGCCGACUUUGCUUGACUGGAUUAGGAAGUGCCUUCCCUGAUGUCUGCUGCAGCUUUGACCUGCUUCUACAGCUGAAGCUCCACCCUCCCCCCCGCCUCGCUCGCUUGCUGCCACAGUAACUCGAGUACAAGGACAGCGACCUCACUCUCCUCGCAGCCUACGCUCCGACCCAGACGUCCAUCCGCUACCACCACCACCACCACCAGCCACUCCACGCAGCCGGGCUCCAGCCUCAGCUCUCCUCACCAGACGGCUCCGCUGCCAACCGCUCUCCAACAGCUGAUCAGCCUUACCACGUCAGCCCAACACAACAACAGGCCCACACAGCAUCUCACCCACCUUGCCUUUCACCCACGCCUUUGACCCAAUAAGCCUCCACUCAGUCCUCAGUGUCCUUAACCUUCCUAUAGCAGGCUACUCCCAGACUUUCACCUGUGUUGCCUGCAUCAUUGCACCUAACCGGAGGGCUCACACUUUGGGCUGUUUCUUUGCUACCUUAAACUCUGGAAUGUUGUGGAAGAGACCGUUCAGAAAGCAAUAAGCAGUCCGAGAGAAAAGACGACUUAAUUGUUAAGCUUAAUAGUUUCCUGGAUAUAAUCGCUUCGUCGGCUUUUGUUUGAUCCGUAAAAUGAUCUGUUAACAUCCACAGCAACACAUUGUCCUGCAACAUUUCACUUGUGGAAAAGGAGCUCUCUCAAUCAAUAGGAACUUUUUCUUUUUGAAUGUUUCAUUUCAGCUUCACGGACACGUGUCAGUAAUCGCACCAACAAACAAACAAAAACAGAAAAAAGACCUUGAAGUUGUGGAUUAAAACACUAGAGGUACUUUAUUCCACCUUGAACAGAUCUCUCCCCGGAAAUACUUUUUUGCCAGCCUGUUGCCAUGGCGAUGAACAUAGCACAUAUGCGCGACACAAAGUGGUUGACACUGGAAGUUUGUAGGGAGUUCCAGAGGGGCACGUGCUCGCGCUCCGACCAGGAGUGCAAGUUCGCGCAUCCGGCCAAGAGCUGCCAGGUGGACAACGGACGGGUCAUCGCUUGCUUCGACUCACUUAAGGGCCGUUGUUCCAGGGAGAACUGCAAGUACUUGCACCCUCCUCCGCAUCUAAAGACCCAGCUGGAGAUCAAUGGCAGGAACAAUCUGAUCCAGCAGAAGAAUAUGGCCAUGCUGGCCCAGCAGAUGCAGCUCGCCAAUGCCAUGAUGCCCGGCACACAGCUACCACCUAUGGUGAGAGGACACACACGUAUGAACACACCACAGCUACUGCCCACGCCCAUGUUCUCUGUGACACCGGGCCUGGCCACCAACGCCAGCGCAGCAGCAGCCGCUGCAGCUGCGGCCUUUAAUCCGUACUUAAGCCCUAUGUCACCGAGCCUGAUGCCUCCAGAGAUCAUGCCCAGCACCCCGGUCCUCAUGACCUCCAGCCCCGCCGUCAGCCAAGUCCCCAACGCUGCUGCAGCUGCAGCCCAGAAGCUGCUGAGAACAGACAGACUUGAGGUGUGUCGGGAGUAUCAGAGGGGCAACUGCUCCCGGGGGGAGAACGACUGUCGCUUCGCCCACCCCGCCGACAGCACUAUGAUCGACACCAACGACAACACCGUCACCGUAUGCAUGGACUACAUCAAGGGUCGGUGCUCCCGGGAAAAGUGCAAGUACUUCCACCCGCCGGCCCACCUGCAGGCCAAAAUUAAGGCCACACAGCACCAGGUGAACCAGGCCACAGCCGCCGCAGCCAUGACUCAGUCGGCUGUCAAAUCACUGAAGCGACCCCUCGACGCAACCUUUGACCUGGGCAUCGCCCCUAGUGUCAUGGCUCCAAUGCCAAAGCGGGCUGCCCUGGAGAAGGCCAACGGGGCCUCUGCCAUGUUUAACACCGGCAUGCUCCAGUACCAACAGGCCCUGGCCAGCAUGCAGUUUCAGCAGCAGGCUGCUUUCCUCCCAUCAGGCUCAAUAUUGUGCAUGACUCCUGCGGCCAGCGUUGUUCCCAUGAUGCACGGUGGUAGUCCAGCCACUGUGUCUGCAGCCACCACAUCUGCCACAAGCGUUCCCUUCGCAACUGCCUCCACCAAUCAGGACUCUUCCUUAUCAAAGUUGACUACCAACGAAUACAUGCAAUUGAUUCCAAUAAUAUCUGCAGAUCAUCUGAGUAGUCACAAGUACUUGACUCAAAUGUAGUUCCUCUCAAGAACAAUCAAAUGAAUGUGUGCUGGCACCGUCCACGCCAAAAGAGUUCAGCCUUUAUGUACAUAACCUUCAGAAAGUUGAGCAAUGGGACGAGGAAGGGUCUGCCAUCUCUUAGCCGGUCCACAACGAUGGUCUCAUCACCUGUAAACAUCAAGGGUACAAACACACGAUCUGUGCCAUCUUACCCACAUAUCAACAUCAAGAAGAAUCUGCUGUCAAAUUCAAACGUCCAGCUGAGAGGAGACGACAAACUGGUGCCAGGGUCAGAGUUCACUCUGUGUCUGACUGAGCCGCUCAGUUUGCUCUAAUUAUUCUCAUCACUGCAUGCACGGAAGGUCAAGAGCGUUGUUACAUGAGACAACAUCAAGUGCUGGUACGUUAACAGACCAAGAUCUUAUGUUCCUUUUUUUUUUUUUUUUAUAAUUAUUAUUAUUAUUAUUUGUUCCGCUUUAUUUUUUUAAUUGAUAGCCAUAUCUCAGCGUUUACAAGUGAAAUGCAAACAUGCACCUUGAAUUUGAAUUGAGAUCCGAAAGGCACAAUGAUUUUAACAGGAAUUUUAUCCAGCCAAAAGAAUUAGGCGUGUACAGUAUUGUGUUUUUACGGCUACUAGUGAAACUAGAUGUUGAAAUGAGGGUCUUGGACAUAUGAAUGUUCUGGGUAAGCCAACAUACCUGUGUACCUUGAAAGCACAGCCAGGCUAGCUUUUCUCACCUUGUCGUGUGCCAUCAAGGCCAUACAGCUAAAACCAGAGUGUUAUCUCAGCAGUGUUAUUUGUUUACCGAAGGUAAAAGUUUUGUAUGGCUGUUUUUUGUAUUAUUGUAUUAUUUUCUUUGUGAGUUGGUGUUUUUUUUUCAGUUUUGUUCUUUUUUUUUUUGUUUUUUUGGAAUUAAUCAGUUUUAGAAGUGUGGGGUUUUUAGCCAAAUUAAUUUUUUAAUUUCUUCAGUUUGAAAUCAAAAGCGGAGGGUGUUUCCUAAAGUCCAUACCUCUUUUCGCAGACUGUUAUUAUUUUUAGUUUUUGUUGAUCAAGUCCAUCGACUCUAAAGCCUGGAGAAGUAGAGGGUGUAGCUUCAAUCGACAUCGCGUUACCUUGUUCCCCCUCGUUGAAAGAGGUGCAGCUCUAAAACUGUGUCUCCAGUAAGCACUGUUUGAGCCAUGUGUUGACGGGAAUUUUAAACGACAGACCCAAAGGUCUAUUAGGUCAUUUAAACCGCAUGUGCACUUGAAUAAUUACUCGUCAGUUCUCAUUUUCACCGCCCACCCUACGAGAACUUUCAUUUUUCAGGAACACGCUUGUGUGUUUCGAGCAGAACAUGGAGGUUUUCAUCUGAAACCAAAGCACAGUUUUUUCCUCUCUAUCUCACAGUGGGUUACAGAAACAUCUCUCAAGAGGCUUAAACAAUUAAGGAAACAUGUUUAUUGUCUUUCAUUCACGUGUCCGAUUCACGAUCCAUUUACUUUUUUUUUUUCACAGAAGUGUUUAGUGUGUCUUUACCGAUUGUACCGAUUGUACCUAACAAAGCCUUAGAUUACAAUUAAUGGGUCCGUGCCCAAUCAAAUGUACUUUCAAUCACCAUGCAGGUAAAGAACACCAAUGAUGUUUUAUAGUUCUAAUUCACAUCGCUUGUGAUCUUUUAUUUCUCUCUCUCUCUGUAAAAAUAACAAAUACUCUCUUAAAUUUCAUUGAACUUAUGUGUUAUGAACUACUUAAGGAUUUGAAUCUGUUUGAGGUAUGUAGUUUUAGAUUUGUUUGUGUUCUUUUUUUCUCGUUUUGUUUUUUUUGCCUUACUAUAUAUUACUUGACAACAUUGAUAUAGCCGUUGUAGACAUUGAGGUAGUAUGACAUUCAUAACUUUUUCAAACCAUAUAAAUGAUAAUGUGUUAAAUGUUCACUUCAUUCAUAUAGCUAGAUGUCUUUUUUUUUCUUCCAAUUGAUGUUACAUUGUCUUUUUGGUUUUGAUACAAGGAACGAGAUCAGUUCAUUCAGUGUCUCUGAGUAGAUGGGGGGAGGGGGUGGGGGGGACAGUUUUAACCAACUUAAAAAAAAAUUUCCUUGUGACACAUCGACAUUAUGUUUGAAAAUACUAUAUUGUACUUAUUAUCCAUGUUUUAGAGUAAAAAUUAUUUUCUACUGUAUCCAAUUCAAAGAGAUAAUAUGUACUUAUGUUUGAAUAUUUCUUAAGUUUGCCCUGAAUGUCAGGCCAAAACGAGCAGUGAGAUUGACGGGUGUUUUUUUCUUUUUGGACAGUCGGUGGAAAAGUGAGAUUAGGAGAGAGCUAAGACUUCUCCGCUCUGGAGGAGUCGCUAAUGCUGCAGAUGAUGAGUUCUAACCUAAGGGACGAAGGUUGACUUUUUGCACUUCUGUAUAUAGUCAAAUGAACAGAGAAAAAAAUGUGUAUCAUAUUGAGAUAUUAUUUUGAAUAAAAAAAAAAGAUCUAUAAUUAUAAGGAAUUUUGUUAGAUUAAUUUAAAUUCUUAAAUUAGAAGACCAGCUAAAAAAAAAAAACAAUUGCUUGCAAAGAAAGGGCACUAGUUUCUUGGCCAACGCAUUCAGAGAAAGCUAUGCGCUUUUUGUCUUAUUUUUUAAGUGGCUAGUGUUGCCAGGGAAUGUUGUAGGGGAGUGGGGGUCCCCCGCGUCAUGCUAACGCCACCCGUCUCUCACAGGGUGACAUAUCCGGUAAUGUCCGUAUAUCAUUUGUUGGACUGCUCCCAUGGUACAGUUGAUACAUAAAUCUCAAAAAAAAAAUAUAUAUAUAUAAAAAAUCUGCUUUCUGUUAUAGUUUGAUUUGACUGCAUGUAAAAGUACAACCACGUAAACGAAAUACACCGUGUAGAUAUGUAAGGAAAGGACAACACCAUCAGACUACACAACACGUAAUAUUUGUUUUUUUAAAUGACACACACAGUAGGUAACAUCCACAGUGGGGAGAAAUGUAAGCAUAUAUUUUCCAGAAUGAUGAAACCUUAGCACUCAUCCGCCCCAGACGCGCUCUCGCAGCCAUGUACCGGCAGUCGACGCUGACUCAUGAGCAGUUUGUCCCCGCUACCAUCAUAGCUGUGCACUCAGCAGGUGAAGGCUCAGCACACCAAAUUUUUGGCAAAUUUAGAAAUGAAUGUAACAGUCGCCGUCAACGUGUCUCUGACUCCGGGCUGCUUUGUAUAGUCGCUACAGAACCAAAGCACCGUUCUCUCCAAACCAGACGCUCAGUGUUCUGGCUGGAACCAAGGUCUCUCUUCCCUGCUGGGCGCACAUGUACGCUUUGACCGCUUUUUACCUGUAAAUGCACCCACCAGUUAUGUGUUUGCUAACAGUUGCCACCCAAUAAUGUACUAUUCUGUCUUCUGAUUUGUUUAUGCAAAUUUUACCGCUGCCAUAAUUGACUCUUGCUGUAUGGAUGACAAAAAAUCUGAAUAAAACAAUAUAUGAUUUGCUCA